GUGACCAUUUGUACAACAUUAGCCGGAAAAAUAAUGACCUCCGGCUUUUAAAACACCGGAAUGUCUCUUUCAACCUGAAGCAUGAUCGAGUAAACCAGGAUUUUAAUGCUAGCUUAUAGCUUCGUGUAUCUUUACCCGACGGGUUUGUUAAUUAAAACCAUUACUUGUUAGUGCAAUCGGACAGUGACGAGCGAUGACUGCUGUGAGAAACAGCCGACAUCCUGGGCCAUGCCCACUGGCUCUCGCCAUCUUUUUGCUAGUUCUUACUGAACAUUUAGUGGAAACAACCGCUGCCUAUGACCCUUAUAAAGUCCUGGGUGUCAGCAGGAGUGCGAGCCAAGCUGAAGUCAAAAAGGCAUAUAAGACCCUUGCUAAAGAAUGGCAUCCAGAUAAGAAUAAAGACCCCAUUGCUGAAGAUAUGUUCAUCAAGGUUUCAAAGUCGUAUGAGAUUUUGUCGAACGAGGAGCGAAGGGCCAACUUUGACCGGUACGGGCAGGUAGAUGAAAACGAGCCCUUUGGCCAGUCACAGCGUCAACAUUUCCAAAACGGCUUCUACUUCGAUGAGUCUUUCUUUCAUUUCUCCAGGUCCAGGGACUUUGCUGACAGCAAGUACUUGUUUCACCACGCUCAGUUUAACAGCGAUGUCCUUCCAGACAGCCACAAGAGACCGUACCUCAUCAAAGUGACCUCUGAUUGGUGCUUUGCGUGCAUCCACAUAGAGCCUGUGUGGAAAGAGACCGUGGAGGAACUUGAGCCGCUGGGUGUGGGCAUCGGUAUUGUGGAUCUGGGUUAUGAGCGUCGCCUCGCCAACCAGUUGGGGGCUCACCGCGCUCCUUCCAUCAUUGGACUGCUGAACGGCAGAGUGACCUUCUUCCAUCAAACCAUUCGUCGAGAACACUUGCGACAGUUCAUUGAGGACCUUCUUCCUCAAAAUUUGGUGGAAAAGAUCACAUCUGACAACUACCAGAAUUUUCUGGAAAGCUGGCAUGUUGGAAAUAAGCCCAAUGUUCUUUUAUUUGACAAGCACUUCAAUGCCCCCAUAAUCUACAAGUUAUCAGCAUUUGCCUUCCGAGACUACGUUCGAUUUGGUUACGUAGAACAAGGUGACGUGCGUAACACCGAGCUUCUGCGCCAGUUCAACGUAAACACAAACUUCCCCAUGUUGCUGCUGUUUAAAGAGGACACCAAAAACCCAGUGGACAUGAUCCAGGCUGCAGGACUGUAUUGGAAGCUCAUGGAAAUGUUUGUCUCCAACAACAAAUUCCUCCAAGUUCCUAGACUGGUCAACCAGCAGCUGUUUGACGAGCUGUGUCCUGUUAAGCAGUUCCACAGACGAAGGAAGUAUUGCGUGCUGCUGAUCACCAACGACGACCAAACUUUCCUUCCCCAGUAUCAGGCCUUCUUGGACUUUGCUACGUUCAAUAAGAAAGAGGUGCUACGGUUUGUGUACGUUUACCAGCAUAAGCAGCAGCCUUUCUGCCAGGCUCUUCUUCCCAACCAGGCUGUAGUCUCCCCGCAGGUGGUUAUUCUUGAGAGACGGAGCUCGGGCGGCAAGGUGCUGUACCGCUCUGUGAUUGGCGGGUGGAAUGGCAGCGAAGAAGACAAGUACCGUCUCCUCGAGCAUUUGGAGCUCCUUCAGAAGGACCCCACCUAUCUGACCUCAGACGCCACCUUGCCAGAGCUCAAUAAUGAAAUGGCCCCUAUGUUCUUGAUUGAGUGGCUGAAUGCUGCUUGUGAUUACAUCCAUCAAAUUUACGACGACCUUCUCUACUCAAACUGGCGAGAGAUGAUGCCCAUCCUGUCAUUGAUCUUCUCAGCUCUUUUCAUUCUUUUCGGGACAGUAAUCAUUCAGGCCUUCAGUGAACCAAGUGAGACCAAACCCCGGAAACCAGCGCCAAAGGAGCAAACUCAAAGUGACGAUGAUGCAUCAAGUCGAUCCACUACCUCCAGCCGACCCCCCAAGAAGGAUUUUGUGGAGGUCACAGAGCUGACUGACGUCACGUACACCAGUAACUUGGUCAAGCUGCGGCCGGGCCACAUCAAUGUUGUUCUGGUGCUCACCAAUGCGUCGAAGAACGCCUUGUUGCGCAAGUUUGCCAAGGAGGUCUUUUCUUUCUCUGGGACUCAGACUAUUCACUUCUCCUUCCUCAACGCUGAGAAGCAUCACCACUGGAUGCCCACGCUUCUCCGCUCGUGCUCAAACGCAUCACGCCCUGGAACUCAUCCAGACGAGGAUGAGGACUCGUCAGGCUACUCCGGCCACGUUUUGGCCCUGAACGGCUACAAGAAAUACUUUUGCCACUUCAGACCCGUCUUUGUCGGGGACGAUCUGAGCGACGCGUCGUCAGCCUCUGAGUCUUCAUUCUCUUCUGAGAGUAGGAGAAAGUCCCGAUCCAGGUCUCGGUCUAGCUCAGACUCUCGAUCCCGUUCCAGAGAGGAUGGGGUUAGGUCCAAGAGAGGCUCCAGUAGGGCUACAAGUAUAGACGUGCACCACAAGCUUGACCGCCUGGGACUAUGGAUGGAGAGAUUAAUGGAGGGCACGCUGCCGAGAUGUCACGUGCCUUCCUGGCCUCCCCUCCAUGUCGCUGCGAACACCCCCACGGAGAGCUGAGGUCGGCGUCACCAAGGUAGUGCUCACCAUUUAUGUUCAUUGCUUUUUCUUCAAGUUUGUGCAGAACAGUCUACUGUUUGUAAAAUUAUUAUCGAAGGUUUAUUUGUGUCCACAAUUCGGGAUGCUUUUUUUUAUGUUGCCCAGACUUAGAUGCUUUUUUUGGUCUUGUUUUUUUUUUGGGGGGGGGGGGCACACCAGACACAGUAACUGAAAUGUUUAAUCACUAAGAAGUACACUGAGGAAAGAUUAUACAACUGCUGUAUGGCAUGAGCAUUUAUUCCAUAUUUGUCCUCACUAGUAAGAUAAUGAGAGCAACUAGCAACUAGUAGUGAAAAUAGUCAUUCUACUCAACUGCUCAAUUGUUUUACAAGUCAGGACGAAGAGCGUACUAGGACACUAGUACGAUAAAAACCUGUGGAACAGGUCGAUUGGAUUAUGACAGCCAUCACAUGCUAAAUCAUGGAUGUUAAUGAUCUGUGGUUAAACAUGUUUGAAGGUAAAUUCAAAAAUAAGAUCUGCAUGACACCUGUACAUGAGUGAGCCAGAGACAGGUACGUUUCGAUGCCUAACCCACAGAAUCAGUCAAUGUUUUGCUCUUUUAAAUGCAUGAACUUUGGAGGUCAAUAAGUGGGAUCUUGCACUGAUUAAUUGUAGUAUCAUCUUGAUUUUUUUUUUUAAUAUGUUUAAAUCAUUUGCUGCGGAGUAAAUAAUAAUAGUCUUUUAUGGCAUUUGACAAUAUCCAACUUGAAGAGUUUGUUUGAAAAGUUUAUUUAUUAAAUUAUGUGCAUGUUG